AUGCGCCUUCCCGCCGCCCGAUUCCCAUUUUCCGCCGCCCGAUUCCCAUUUCCCGCCGCCAGACUUCCCUUCCCGCCUCCCUAUUCCCCUUUCCGUCGCCCGACGUUCCCUCCCUACGUUCCAUCCCUUCCCUCCCUUCUCUCCCUUCCCUCCCUUCUCUCCCUCCCACCCUUCACUCCCUUCCCUCCCUUCCCUCCCUUCCCUCCCUUCAUUCCCUUCCCUCCUUCCCUCCCUUCUCUCCCUUCCCGCCCUUCUCUCCCCCCUUACCUUCUCUCCCUUCUCUUCCAUCUCUCCCUUCUCUCCCGUCCCUCCCUUCCCUCCCUUCCCAGCCUUCUCUUUAUUUUCUCCCUUCUCUCCCUACCCGCCCUUCUCUUCCCCCCUACCACCCUUUUCUCCCUUCCAUCUUUUCCAUCCCUACCACCCUUUUCUCCCUUCCAAUCUUCCGUCUCUCCCUUCCCUCCCUUCUCUCCCUUCUCUCCCUUCACUCCCUUCCCUCCCUUCCCUCCCUUCACUCCCUUCCCUCCCUUCUCGCCCUUCUCUCCCCCCUUACCUUCUCUCCCUUCUCUCCCUUCUCUCCCGCUCCUCUCUUCCCUCCCUUCCCUUUCUGCUCCUCUCUUCCCGCCCUUCCCUCUCUGCUCCUCUCUUCCCUCCAUUCCUGCUUCCUGUAACCAACCCCCCCUACCCCCACUCUCCCUUCCUCUCCCGUCCACUUCCCUUCCCCCUUCCCCCAUCCCUCAAAUUCCUUUGCCUUUCUCUUUCCUGCCACUACUCUUCCUUCCCUUCCUUUCCUUCCGUCCCCUUCCUACCCUCCCCUUCAUUCCCUCCCUAAUCCCUCCCUCCACUUCCUCCCCUCCGCUCCCUCCCCAUGCCCUUCCAUCCCUGCUCUUUCCUUCUCUGCCCUGCCCUUCUGCGCCACUAUUCGCCUUGUGCCUCCUAGUUCCCGUGCACGUGUUGCCAUCACAUUUGCCCCAUACACUCCCCUCUAACUUACGUGUACUCACUUCAACGUAUAAGGAGGACAAUUCCCUCUGCUCCAGCUACAAGCAGGACAAAGCCUCGCCCAAGCAAGCUUGGCGGCAUGAGGGGAGGGGCAUCAGGUUCCAGGAGUGUGUCACGGCGUGA